AUAAAAUGACACCGACCACAAGGGUCGGGCAGUCAUUUGUCACCGGGUGAUUGAGGUCAAGCGCCUUGCCCCGCCGUCCCGUCGCCGCCCGUCGCUCAUCAUGGUCGCUGCCUGGAAGAGGCUGCUCCUCGCCGGCGCCGCCAUCGUCGCGGCCUACGAAUGCCCCAACUCGUGCGGGACGCCGUCCGGGCUCGGCUUUUGCAAGUACAUUGACUUUCCGACGUGCCGUCUCCAAGAGUCGUGGGACGACCAAGACGUGCUCGCCGCCAAGGCCUUCAUGGCGCUUGUCGCGCCCACGAAUGCAUCGACGUACCUCGACGACGACGGCCAUUUCGCCGGUUUUGACAACGUGGUCGCGACGCAGCACGCGUUCUUGCUCAACACGACGCACGACUGCCAUGUGCUCUUGCGCCGCAUCCAGUGUGGCCUGCACUUUCCCGUCUGCGAGAUUGGGAGCGAGUUUAGCCGCAUGUGCUACAAGUCGUGCCGCGACACGGUCAAGCUCAAGUGCCCGGCGCUCAUUGGCAUUUGUGACAAGGAAGACCCGGCGCUCUUUGAGACGGACAACAAGUGCUUCCAAGUGAGCUACGCGGGGCCCGCGGUGGGCAUGUGGAUCGCCGGCUUUUCGAUCUCGCUCGUCUUUUCGAUCCUCAACUCGGUUGGCAUCAACCUCCAAAAGUACUCGCUCACGCAAAACGACAAGCUGGGCACGCAGAAAGGGUCGUUCCAGCAGCCCAUGUGGGUGCUCGGCCUGGUGUUUGUGUGUCUCGGCUCGAUCCUCGACUUUGUAGCCUUUGGCAUGGCGCCCCAAACGCUCCUCGCGCCCCUCGCCGCGCUCUCGCUGGUCUGGAACAUGCUGAUCGCGCCAUUUUUCCACAAGGAAAAGGUCACGCGCCGCAACCUCGUCGCGACGUGCAUCAUCUUUGUCGGCGUGACGCUCACAGUGAUUUUUGCGGGCCACUCGACGCCAGCGUACGACCUCGAAGACCUCAUCAAGCUCUACCAGACGCCCGUCAUGUACUUUUACAUUGUGAGCGUCGUCCUCUUCCUCGUCUCGCUCUUUGCAGCGACGCGCUACAUUGAGACCAACCACGUGUACGAAGACGGCCUCUUCCACAUCGUCUGCUACGGUGGCAUCGCGGGCACCUUUGGCGGCCAGUCGGUGCUGCUGGCCAAGUCGACGGUCGAGCUCCUCAAGUCGGCGAUCUGGGGCGACGGCGCCGAUGCGUUCAAGCACCCGGCCACAUACGCCAUCAUUACGGGCCUCGUCGUGUGUCUUCUCUGCCAGAUCACGUUUCUCAACGGCGGUCUCAAGCGCUUUGACGCGCUCGUCGUCAUUCCCGUCUACCAGAGCUUUUGGAUUCUCACCAGUGUCCUCGGCGGUAUCAUGUACUUUGAAGAGUACAUCUCGAUGACGCAAACCGAGAUGGUCAUGUUCACCAUGGGCGGCGUCAUUACCAUCUCUGGUAUCAUCUACCUCCUCCAGGACGCCCAAGGCUCAAGUGCGCCCAGCGGCAAGUACCUCGAACUCGCCAACGCGGCGACUCCGUCAGACGCGUGGAACGCCGACGACUCGGACGAAGAGGUGCACCAGCAGCAGCUCGACGACGACCUUGAAGAUCCGCACGGGUCCCCGACCAACCGCCAGACCCAAGUGUCGCCCACCGACGGUCUCUUCAACGACAACGAUGGUGACGCGACCAAGAAGACCAAGGCGGUGACGAGUCCACGCAGCGAGUUUAUCUGAGUGUGACGCUCUUCCGAUCGGCUUGUGUAUAGUAGGUCUACAGCUAGUCAUAAUAAAUCCUUCCACAUUGCACAGUUGUC